CCUCCGUCUUUUCUUCGCCCUGCCCUUCACAUCAUCGCCAGAUCGAUCAAUCCUUCCAUCCACCAUCAUCCUCUUUUCCCCUGUCUCGACCUCCUUUUCCACUUCUUCCUCGUCCUUAUAUCGGCCUCUUCUGCCUUUCUUUGCACAUCUUUCCCCUGUAUAGUUAUUGCUCCGCCCGCCGUUUUGACUGUCCUACCAUCGGAUAAUUACCAUCAUGAGCAACGUCAAAGCAAAAGCCAAAGACAUUUUGCACCGCCAUCCUCUGCAGCGAGCCCAGUCUCCCUCCAGGGGUUGGUCUGCCGCGCUUCAUGUCGUAGCUCUGUGUAGCUUUGCCUAUUCCUUCAGAUACCUCGUCGUCAAUCCAAACCCCAUAAAUGAUAGCUAUGGCUGGCACAUGCAGUAUCUCACCAUCUUGGGUCUAUCCCUGGCGACCAUCACAAUGACUCUUGCUUUACUUGCCGAUAUCACGCUAUCUCCACGUAUCUUUGCCGUCAAGAACGCUUUCGCUCUCACCUCCGCCCCAAUGGAAGUUCUCAUCUCCGCUCUCUACUGGGGCCUUCGUGCUUACGAUACAAGUCUGGUGCUCCCCGACUGGGCGCCUCGGCUUGCUCUUUCUGCAGAUUUCGGCUUCCAUCUCUUCCCCACACUCUACCUCCUUAUCGACACCUGGUUGCUAUCUCCCCCACGCACAAUCCGCCUUGCACCUUCAUUGCUGCUCUCUCUCGUAAUCGCCUUCACUUACUGGUUCUGGAUCGAGCGCUGCUACCAGUUUAAUGGAUUUUAUCCAUAUCCCAUCUUCGCCCUACUCGACACUUCGCAACGCAUUGGGCUGUUCACCUUCAGCGCCGUUCUUAUGACCCUUUCUGGGACUUUCCUUGGUCAGCUGUAUGGCGUGAUGAAUGGCCACCUCGAUAAUAGUAAGAAGAGCCAGUAGGCAUCAGAUAGACAACCCGACUCCACUUAGCACAGAUCCAGCUGGAAACUCUUCCUUGUUUAUAGUAAACAUAUUAAGGCUUCAGGACUUAGGACGCAUAGCUGAAGCCUUAGAACGCAUACAACAUUUCAAGACUUUGGGGAAACUAGAGAUUAGAUAUGUGGGUCGGGUGUAACCAUAGAAUAGAUCUACCGUGUAUGUACUAAUCAUAAGCUCCAUGCAAGAACAACUGCCGUCGCACCGUGAUGCACCUUGCAUCACGAAUCCGAGCAAGGAUUGCGAGUAUCAACUCGUCUAGCAACGUUCUACACAACAUCGCAUCUAGAGCAUAAUGCCAGC